GGUGAAUGCUCAGCUGGUACACUGCCUGUUGCAUGGGUCGAUGAGGGCCCUGGUCCGCCAACGUGUCUCAAAUCUUGUAAAGAAGAAACGCCAUUUACAAAUAAGUUAAAUAAGGAUAAUAUGAAUAAUAAUUUAAUUAAUAAUAACAAUUCGAAUAAUAAUAAUAAUAAUAAUAUUAAAAAUAACAAUAAUAAUAGUAAACAAAAUAAAAAUAAAAACGAUAAUAAAUUAAAUAAAUUAGUAGGUUAUACAACAACAACAAACACCUUUAAUAUUAAGUUAAGAAAUAGUCAGCCAACUAUUAGUCAUAGUAUGAAUACAAAUAAUAACAACAAGAACAACAACAACAACAAGAAAAAUAUGGAUAAUAACAAAAGCAACAGCAACAACAUGAAUAAUAUAAAACUUUUAAAUCCUUUUAAUUAUUAUCAAAUAAACAACUAUAACAGCAACAGUAACAACAACAACAAUAACAAUAAUAAUAAAAUGGCUAAAAUACGAAGAAAUUCCAAAGAAACAACAUCGUCGGAUCACAGUGAUGUUGCCACAAAUCCAUCAACAACUACAAAUGUUACAACAACACAAAAAAGUGAACACAAUAUCGGCCAGUCUGAAGACAAGCUGUCAGUGUCACUGCAUUCGAGUGAAGACUAUGAAUUGUUGCAUGAUAUGUUAAUGCAACAAGAUGAAGCUGCCACAAAAACAAAACAAAAUCAACAACAAGUUCAAUACAAUGAUGACGAUGUUGAUGAAGAUCAACGUCAUCAGUUUAAUGAUGCUGCCAUAGCAGCUGCUGCCGUUGUCAUGCAAUUAAAUCAGCAGCAGCAACAACAACAGCAACAGAAUCACAACAAUAAUAAUAUUGUUAAAAUGAAGCUGACAACAUCAACCACAACAAAUUAUAAUGACAACAACAGCAACAACAACCAUAACAACAACAACAACAAUAAUCAAUUUGAUUUGAAAUAUAAUCAUUUUAAACAGGAUCAUGUGAGCAAUGGCAAUGCCAACAACAAGAACAACCACAACAUGAACAGAAGAUAUCAGAGCAAUAGCAACAAUAUCAAUAACUCACAACAACGUUCUGAUAUUUCUGCCGCCAAUCCAACAACAACCACAACAACGACAAACCAUGCAGUUGCUGCCAAUAAUGACAACAGUGAUCAGUAUUUAAAUAUACCACCACCGGAGAAACAACAACAACAGUGCCUUGAAUAUUUGGGCGACAGUGAUACAACAAUGCCCACGCACUUGUGCCAUCUGCUGACGCCCAGCGAUCGUUUGGCACAAUUACGUCAUCUGCGUUUGCGUAAUUGUUGCGAACGUAACGUGUACAGUGCAUUGCAUACGAUGGCAUUGAAUGCCACCCUCAGCGGCGGUGCUGGAUGUUUGCGUGUCCUGCAGGAUUUAAUGGAUUUAGAUGCGCUGGCAUCGAGAAUCACAUGUGGUCUAACGGAGAUACUUUUUCGUUUCGAUUGUCGUCAGGUGUAUUCGAUUAUACAUCAGUGUGAUGACUGCAAGGAAGCUUAUCGACGCUGGGUUUGCAGUACAUUGGUGCCGUAUUUUGCUGAGACCAGCGAUAUUAUGAAACCACCAGAAAUCUUAACCACCACUUUAGAAAGUACCAGUGUGGGUAGUGCUAGUAGCAGUGGGGUUAAUAGUCCAAACCAGUCGUAUAAAUUACAUUCAUUAAACAACAGCAACAGCAGCAGUAGCAGCAACAAUACCACCAUGGCCUCAAACAUGACUACCUCUCAUACCGCAACAACAUCAGCAAACAGCAGCAGCAGCAGCAAAAUUAAUAACAAUGAAACAGAUAUGUCAUCUGCAAUGCCAACAACAAAACAAGCAACAUCGAAUUUUAUUACAAACAGCAACAAUAAUAAACAUGACAUGCAAUAUAAUGCCAAUAAUUAUCAGCAGCAACAUUUCUACAUGCAACAGCAGCAGCAACAACAUCAUGUUAAAAGAAGAAAUAUACAAAAACAACAGCAUGAGCAUGAGCAGCAACAAAAACACCAACAUUUUACCAAUCAUAUAUUGAUUGAUAACAGCAACAACAGUAGCAUGGUCAGCAACAGCAACAACCACAAUAAAAUUAAUGACAUUCCUUACAAAACGAUUUUAAUUCACCAUAAAAAUCAACAACAACAACAACAUCAACUGCAUCCCUCUACCAUUUCCCAGGCAUUAAUAUUUAAUGACAUUAUCACCCUCAAUCCAAGGACUACAAGUCCAAGAUAUCCUUCAAGAACCACUACUGCACGCCUUCAAAGCUUUAAUGCAACUAAUGAGGCAGCAUUUGGACUUAACUUUCAUCACAAAUCAACGAAUAAAAGACGAAAACGCAGUGAUAAUUCCACAUCAACAACAACUGCAAUAUUUGCUGAUGUUGUUGUUAACAGACCAUCCAUGUCAUCAACGCCAUCGUUGUCUUCAUCAUAUGCAUCAUCAUCGUCAUCAUCAUCAACGGUGAUGCAUCAAGUGCAGAGACAAAAGCAACAACAACAACAACAAUCUUUUAAUUUCAUAUCGACUGCCAACAAUGAGGAUUCUUUUCAUGCCAAGAAUCCAGUGAUAACCAAAUUAUUAAAAAGAUCAAAACGUAAAGAAUUUGAAUUUCGUAAACGACGAAGAAUACGACCCUGCCUAAGUGUGUGCCAAACAGUAGAGCAAAAAUGUCCAUAUCUUCUACCAGCCGAUCGAGCUCCCUCGAUGCCAACACAAUACGCCGGUGAACCAACAUUCUUAUGUUUAGACUAUAAUAUAGCAGAGACCAAAGAACAAUUGGAAAAGGCCAGCCAUGGACCCAAUGACUGCUGCUAUACGUACUGCAGCAAUUCAGGCGAUGGCAUUUGCACGUACUGCAACGAUAUGUGGGAUAAAACAGAAAUCGAAAAAGAAGUCGAUAUCCUAACGGAAGAAAGAGAAACGAAAGUAUUUAAUAUAACAAUGAAGACAAAAGGGCGAGGACAAAGUACCGCUAAUAUAAGAGUAGAAACUAAGAUACAACAAAAAAUGGGUGAAGAAAAGAAUGGCCUUAAAAUGUCCACCGUUGCCAUAGCGGUGCGUAAUGAUACAGCAUUCGAGAAUGCGACACUUUUAGCCGAGCGGCUACAAUACUAUGCCUUCUGUGACGGAGUCUUUUACUAUGACGAUGAUGCCGACGAUAUGCCCGAAUAUCCUAAUUCGGAAAAUUGCCGACAAUUGCCAGCAGUACAAAGUCGCUGCGACAUACCCUACUAUGCCAGCAAUUAUAUAUCAUCGGCCGAUAUGUUGGGAUCGUAUCGCAAACAUAACGAAGCUCAAAAGCUUUUAAUCUGGCUGAGUACACUGCUGUGUCUGUGGUCCUGUUAUAGUGCUCGAUCUAUGAGAAUGAGACGUUAUAAUGAGGACAAGAAACAGCAACAAAGUGAGCAAGAACUAACACAUCAAAAGCAACAACAACUACACAAGACAACUAAUACUGCCUAUAAGGGGGGAAAUAUGUGCCAGAGUUGCCAAACUCGCGAAAUUAUGCAAAAUGAGGGAAACUGUGAAAAAAUCAUUAAAUUAUGGUACGAUGAUAGAGAAUGUAGAAUUAUUAUAAUCUAUUGGUUAAAAUUCGGAACCGUAACGAAAACAACAGCAACACAACACAAAAAAUCCUUAAGAACAAAAUAUUUACUAAAAAGAAAUUUUCGAAAAAUUCUACGUAGUACGAGUGUUAAGUUGAAUUUGAAAAUUUUAGAAAUUCCCUCAACGAUUUUGUUAAUAAAUUAUAAAGAAAUUUUAUUACUUUUAUUUAAGAAAAGGCAAAAACUAAGAAAACGAAAAAUGAAAAGUUUUCCAGCAACAGCAACAACAACGGCACGACGACGAAUAGUUAAUGGAAAAUGUUGGCCCUUGAUAAGGGAUUUAAAAAGAUUCAAAAAUAUGAAAUCGAAACCGAAAAAAUGUAGUUUUAAAUAUAAAAACCAUUAUUAUGAUUAUUAUAAUUAUUAUUACUGUAGUUGUAGUCAAAUAUUUAGUUGUAGUUGUAAUAAAAAUAUUAUUAAUAAUUAUUAUAAUAAUAAUAUUAAAUAUAUGAAAUUAAGGAGUACUAUUGGUCCAACUAUUUAG